AUGCAGGGGUGGCAGAGAGAGGGUCCUGGUGGGACCUUGUGGUGGUGGGAGAUGCAGGGGUGGCAGAGAGUGGGUCCUGGUGGGACCCUUCCGUGGGGGGGGAUGCAGUGGGGGAUGCGCGGGUGGCAUAGUGGGUGUCCUUGUAGGACCCUGCCGUGGGCGGGAUGAAUUUGGAAUGGAGUGGGGGAUGCAGGGGUGGCGGAGUGGGGUCCUGGUGGGACCCUGCUGUGGUGGGUGCACUGGAGAUACAGAGGGCGAUGAACCAGGGCAGUGCAGGUGGGUAGAAAGAACCAGGGCAUGGCUCGAUGGGCACUGCAGCUGCUGGGGUCUGGUCAGCUUUGCCUGGCUCCUUACAGCUGUGCAGGCAGAGCUCGGCACUGGGCAGCACCUUCCCUUCUCACACCUCUCCCAUCCCUUCUCUGGGCACACAUUUUGGGCAGGACCCCUCUGCCCUUGCACUCCCAGCCCCCCACACUCUGGGUUUCUGUUUCCAGCCACUUUCCAGCCGCUAAACUUUGUUGGGAUGUAAAGAAUGUAAUUUAUCGGGAAAUCACUGGCCCAUACUUGCCUUUCACUGCUACUCUACGAACGACAUAUCUAUAAAUAUAUAUAUAAAUAUGGGUUGUUUUCUGACUGGACGACAAUGAUUCACUUUCUCUGUUUUGUUAGAAUUAAUAUUUUAUUUGCUAGUGUCGGAGAAUCCGCGUGAGAGUGAUUUUUUGCUUACAAUUAAAGGUGAAAUGGCUUUAUCCAGCCCUGGCUCUGCCGCUUUUGCUUUCCCCCCAACCCCCCGCUCCUGGCUCCGGAUCCCUGCAGAUGGCGAUGAUGCUCUGAGAAGGAGCCCUUCCCCGCCUUCUCCUCCUCCUUCCCAGCCGGGCUGGGCUGUGUUGGGGACCCGCAGGGCGUGUGCGAGCCGAGUCGAGCUAGGAUAACGCUGUCCCGGUCCCAUCCUGGUCCCAGUCCCAAUCCCAGUCCUGCUCCCACCGCAAUGUGAACGCUCCCGCAUCAUGGCCAGGCAGAGAGAUCUGGACAAGCUGCUGUCAGACCUGCGCUCCUUUCUGCUCAUCCUGGACCGGGAAAGCCUCAGCGCCACAGCUCGGGCCAAGAAGAAGUCGGUGGCCGAUCUUCUCUCUCGGCUGCAGAACCCCUCGUCAGAGGACGCAGAGUACAUGAUCAUGCGCUGUCUCUCGCCUUCCCCGGGGACCCCGCAGGGCAGGACCAGCCCUGUCCUGCUUUUUCCUCCUCCAGGAACGAGGACGCUGGAUGCAACGGGAGAGAGAGCCUGCGCGUGCCACCCAGCCAGCGCCCCAAGCCUGCACAGAGGGAGCAAGGUGUCAGGUGUCUUGUUGCCAUCUGAUGACUCCUAUGAGGAUGCUGAACCCCUCAACCCUGGCAGAAGCGCUGGCGGUGCUGACAGUGACAGCAGCCACUACGAGUCCUACGAGGAGGAUGAGGAUGGUGUGAUGGACCGGGCCCACUACCUAUGGCGGCCGCUGGCCACCAGCCCCGAUGCUGAGGCCCCCGGCCGCACUGAGGCUCAGCUCUGUGGCUUCCUCUGGAGGAAGCGUUGGUUGGGACAGUGGUCUAAGCAGCUCUUCAUCAUCCGGGAGCACGCGCUGCUGUGCUUCAGGUGUGCCACCGACCCGCAGCCGGUGCUGGAGCUGGACCUGCGGGGCUGCCAUGUCGCCUACAAAGCCAAGCAUGGCAAGAAGAUGCCGCACACCCUGAAGGUGAUGGGGACGGCAGGCGAGGUGCUGGUCAUUGGCUUCCAGAGCCGACAGCAGACUGAGGACUGGAGGAAGGUGAUCGAAGAGGUCAGCAGCGAUGCCCCGAGCGGGCUGGCAGCUAUCAGCAUCCCAGCGUCCCCCUCCUCGAGGCUCGGCAGGGCCGCUGGGUCCCAGCUCAGCAAGGAGGAGGAGAAGGAUUGGUCCCCACAGAGCCCUGCCCGCGGUCCCCAGCCUGUGGAGGAUGCUAAAGGAGGAUUUCUGGCAGUGCGGCUGCGCGGGCAGUGGCAGCGGCUGUGGUGUGCGGUGCGGCAGGGAGCCCUGCGCAUGUUCCCCGAGCCUGGUGGUGCUCAGCACCCCGUUUGUGCCCUGCGCCUGGAGGCCUGUGAGGUCUCCCCAGGGGCUGCUGCUGGCUCCCCCCAGCAUCUCCGCAUCCACAUCGCCCAGCGCGGCCGGGAGCUCGCCUUGCUGCAGACCCGUUCUGAUGAGGAGAGAGAAGCCUGGCUGAAGACCCUGCGGGCUAGAGGAGGAGGGGAGAGGGCCAGCAACAGCCCCUGCACCGAGACCCCCAAGUUGGGCAAUGCCAGUGGUUCCCCUGCUGCAGGUGGGCUGCUGCUGCGCCAUGUCCCAACCCCCAACACCUACAUGGAUGACCUCUUUGAGAAGCUCCCAUCGGCUGUGGCCCCUCAGAACGUCUACUCCAACGUGGAGCGGCUGCAGCAGCUGCAGCAGAGCUUGGACCAAGUGGUGCAAGGACAGCGCAAGAGGCCUGUGUCUGCCCUGCCCACUGGUGCCUGCAGCAACAUCCCGGGCCAGGCCGUGCCCUCACAGGCAGCCUCAGCAGCAGCUCUCCGGGGCAGGACUCCCAGCUUGCAGCAGGUGGAAGUGAGCCCCGAACUCCAGAGCAAGGAUCUCUCCCAGUCUCAUCGCACCCUGAUGCUGACCGAGAGGAAAGGAGCUCGGGAUGGGCUGGAUAUUCUCAUCGGGAAGAGAGCCUUUCCCAAGCUGGAGGAGAAGGUGGGGCAGCUGGAGAGGGCCUGCCGCAUGAAGGGCAGGCUGAAAGCUGGCUCCGAGAUGAACCUGCUGGCUAUCGGCAAGUCACUGAAGGGUCAUCUCGCCGCCACCGCCAGCUCGGCUGGCUCCGAGCAAGCCUCGUUCCUCGCGCCGCUGUUGAAGCGCACGGCAUCAGCAAGGAGCGCUUUGAAGCCAUCCUCUCCUCCCCCAGUCAUGAUCGAGAGGGGAAAAGUGCUGCAGAAGACAAAGGAGUGGGAGAUGAAGUCUGCGCUGUGACCAGCACCCCUGGGGCAGCCCCUGCGAUGCAGACACAACUGCAAGAUGGGGCUCCUCUCAGCAGAAGGCAGGGCUGUGCGUGGAUCGUGCAGGACCACCCUGGUAUCUGGGUUUUUUUUUUAACCCUCAAUAUCAACGCUACACCUACACACAUCUAUUUUUCAUACCUAUAUACACACAUUUAAACUCUCUCUCUCUCUCUGUGGGUUCCCAGUUUCUCUGGUACCAGGACUGGAGGGCAGAGCCCCUUGCAGGCUCUGCUGCCUUCACACGCAUCCCACCCGCUUGGGUUUGAGUGCAGAUUUCUUGAUUGCAACCUCAUGAGCUGCUGGUUCUGUCCCUAGGGAGGGGGUGAUAGCACCCCAGCAUCCCCCAGGGACACCCACUUGCAGGGUGGGUGCAGGCACAGCCCAGACUGAGCAACUGGGGGGGCACACGGAGGGGUGGGGGCUGCUUGGGGCACAAAAAUGCACCCUCCCUGGAGUCAGGGGGCCCUGGGCUGGGCCCCAGGCUGCUUUCCAGCUGCUGUGUUCAUCAUGGCUUGAUUGUAAGUGUACAAACAUAUUGGGUUUUUUUAAGGAUUAAAGGGAAAAAUAUCAUAACAUUUGGCUUCUACUGGGUUGUGUCACAGAAAGUGGUGAGGAGGGGGUCCCUGGGGUGCUCAAAGGGGGUUGUCCCCAUCCCAGUGUGAGGUGGGGAUGGGGUCUCUCCCCUUCCCAGUGCAUGGAGGACAAUGCCAACGCCUGGUGUGCAUGGGGGGCUAUUUCCAUCCCAGGAUGAGGUGUGGAUGGGGGGGUCUGUUCCCAUCCCAGUGCGAGGUGUGGAUGGGAGGCUACCCACAUCCCAGUGCAAGGUGUGCACUGGGGUCUGUCCCCAUCCUGGUGCAAGGAACGGAGGUUCUAUCCCCAUCCUAGUACACAGGGGCCCAUCCCCAUCCCAAUUUGGGGUCUAUUCCUACCCUGGUGCAUAGAGGUCCAACCCCAUCCCAGUGCAGGUUGUGCAUUUUGGGUCCAUCCCCAUCCCAGUCUGAAUUGGAGUCUAUCCCCAUCCCAGUGCACUGGGGUUCAUCUCCAUCCCAGUCUGAGGUCUGAAUUGGGGUCCAUCCCCAUCCCAAUUCAACGUCUGUAUUGGGUUCUAUCGUCAUCCCAGUGCACAGGGGUCCAUCCCCAUCCCAGUUCAAGGUCUGAAUUGGGGUCUACCCCCAUCCCGGUGCACUGGGGUCAUCUCCAUUCAUGUUCAAGGUCUGAAUUGGGGUCCAUCUCCAUCCCAGUUCAAGGUCUGGAUUGGGGUCUAUCCCCAUCCCAGUUCAACGUCUGGAUGAUUGGUGUCUAUCCCCAUCCCAGUUCGAGGUCUGAAUUGGAGUCUAGCCCCACCCCAGUGCACGGGGCGGGGGGAGGCUGUCCCCACCCCAUCUCUCCCCUCCCGGAGCACUUUUAGUGCUCGG